CCAUAGAAGUAAACAAAAAGCGGAGAGCCCGUUGAUGACUAGUUGUACACACGUACACUACCGGCUCUCGCCAGCUCCUUCACUGUUACACUUCCAUUUUUCUCAAAACGAAUUCUCUCUCUUUUCCCCAUGAUUUUGAUUUCUUCUUCUUCUUUCUGAAAAAGGGUUACUCUCAAAGAAACUUUUAAAGGGGUGGAACGGAAAAAGGUUGCUUGUUUUGCUUAUUUGUGAGUUGUGAGGUAGAAGAAGAAGAAGAAAAAUGAUGGGUUCUUCUUCAAAAGGAAGAUGCAUUAGUUACGAUUACUCUUUCAAGAUUUUGUUGAUUGGGGAUUCUGGUGUUGGAAAAAGCAGUAUUCUCCUUAGCUACAUCUCCAAUUUUGUUCAUGAUCUUUCUCCUACCAUCGGUGUGGAUUUCAAGAUCAAGAUGGUAACAGUUGGUGGAAAAAGAUUGAAGCUAACAAUUUGGGACACAGCUGGACAAGAGAGAUUUGGAACAUUGACAAGCUCUUACUACAGAGGCGCACAUGGAAUCAUCCUAGUGUACGAUGUUACCAGACGGGAGACGUUCACAAACUUGAUAAACAUAUGGGCAAAGGAAGUAGAGCUGUACUUGACCAAUCGUGAGUGCAUAAAGAUUCUAGUUGGAAAUAAAGUCGAUCGGGGUAGUGAAAGAGCAGUAACAACAGAAGAAGGCAUGGAAAUUGCCAAGGAGCAUAAAAGUUUGUUUCUUGAAUGCAGUGCUCGAACUCGAGAAAAUGUCGACAGAUGCUUUAAAGAACUCUCUUCAAAGAUACUGGAAGUUCCAAGUCUACUGGAAAAUGGAUCUAUUGUUGUGAAACAGAAAAUUUUGGACAAAACACGAGCACACAAAGAAGUCGAAGUGAACGACAGGGGUUGUUGCCACUGAGAAAACCGUGUGAUGGCACAAAACAGAACUUACAGAAACAGAUUUAAAAGAUCCAAAGGUACUGCUGAUGGAAAACGUUGAUCAGAACAGACCCAAGAAAAUACACAAAAGUGAAGAUUACAUGAUCUUUUGCAAUUCUAUUUUGGCUAUCGCUGUUUCCAUCAGUUUUCUUUUUCUUUCUUAAAAAGGGAAUAAAAAUGCAUUUCAAUAGUAUCUUUGAGAUCACUGUAUAUGGUUGGUUAUAUUUUGGGCUGUUUGAGGACUUGUAAAAACCGAGUUGCUGAAUUUUGUUGAGACAGAUUUUGAGUGAGAAAAUGUGAUAAAUUUUCUGUAGAUGAUGUUAAUACAGUUUAUUUAUUUA